AUGGCAGGCGAAACGGGACCGAUCACUGUGUCGCGGGCGAUAGCAAUGGUCAUUGCGGCAUUAUUCGCUUUGGCUUGCUUUAACGUCCUCGAGAUCAUAAUUUCGACUUUCACUACAUUCAGGCGGCGUCGUGGAUUGUAUUUUUGGAGCAUGGUAAUUGCUACUUUAGGAACUCUUCUCCAUGCCAUCACUGGCUUUCUCCGCUACUUUGCCCUCGCUCCAAACUUCCCCAUGUGCGUUUUGAUCUGCAUCGGAUGGUGGGCCAUGGUUACUGGCCAAUCUGUCGUGCUAUAUUCAAGACUUCAUCUCGUGACUAGUCACACCCAUUAUCCUCGAUUCGUGUUGUACAUGAUCAUCUUCAAUGCCUUCGCUAUGCACAUACCGACCACAGUGCUUUUUCUCGGCAGCAACCAUGGCCUCGAUGGUUUAAUCGCGCCCUUCAACAUCUACGAGCGCAUCCAAUUGACCGUGUUCUCCGUUCAAGAGACGAUAAUCAGUGCUCUCUACAUCUGGGAGACCCUCACCACCCUUCGACCUAUCCUGAUGCUCAAGGGAGAGCGCGGCCAAAGGGUCGUCAUCAGUAUCAUUCUGAUCAACGCGAUCGCUAUUCUCCUUGACGUCGCCCUCUUGGCGACCGAAUACACCAACAAUUUCUCUAUUCAAACCUCCCUCAAACCUUUGGCCUACAGCCUCAAACUAAAGAUGGAAUUCACCGUGCUGAACAGCCUCGUCGCCGUCAUCAACACAAACCCCACAACCAUCCAAGAAAUUCAGCAAUCCCACACAGAGGAUUUUCAUAUCCAACCAAGAUGGAGUGCCGAUAAUUCCCCGCCCAUCAUGUCUAGCACUGACUCCGAAAUAUUUGAUCACCAAAGACGAUCUCUCAAACCACAACCUGAUCGACAGGAUUCUCGAACAUCUGACUAUCCCAUGCUUUCGGUCAAAUCGGCUGUAUCAUAA